AUGAAAAAUCUCGAUUCAUCCUCCAACGUUGAAAUUUCAAAUAAUGAACUCGAUGAAUUUCGUAAACAAUGGAAAGCCGAAUUAUCUCAACAAAAAAGGCAGAUAACUCAAGAACCUCCUGUUAAUUCGUUUAAAGUGACAGUUCAACCGUUAGAACAUUUGAAGGAGACCGAAGAAGAGUUUAAUAAUUUUACUCCUGAAACGUAUGAGAAUGAGGAAAUUAAAAGUAAUAAAGCUCUGGAAAUUUACGUUAUUGCAGUUACCAAAGAACAAGAAGGAAAUUUGAGUGAAGCUCUCAAGUAUUAUCGCCAAGCUUUAAAACUUGAUUCUCAUGUCGAUAAUUUAUAUAGAAAAUAUAUUCAAAAUACCGCAACUGGUCAAAAACUUGGAGGUUUAGAAUUUUCCAAAAUUUUUUCCGAGCACUUGGAAGAGCAUAGAGAAGAUUACAUUAAUGGAAAUAUGCAACUUACAUUAGAACCACUUAUUCCGUACAAUCCUGUUCAUAUUGCAAAACCUCCUAAUGAGUCGAUAAUAAGCAUACUUGAGCAAAUGGCUAUGGUUGGAGAUAUUACUUCUCUUGAAAGAUUUGGGUUAGUUUGCAAGAAAUUCUUAUUAUUAUCGAGAGAACCUUCAUUAUGGAAAUAUUUGUGUGAAAAAGCAUAUAGAUAUCUAAACUUAGAAUGCGAUGAAUCAAAUAAAUUAUUAGCAAAAGAUGUAGAGUUGCUAUAUGCUAAUGAUUGGAGACGGAUGUAUAUAGAAAGACCUCGUAUAAGGUUAGAUGGUAUAUAUAUAUCUACGUGUCAUUAUUUGAGACCUGGGGCCGCAGAAAAUGCCUGGCAUCAACCGAUUCAUUUAAUAACCUAUUAUCGAUACCUUCGAUUCUAUUCGGAUGGUACAUGUAUAUUACUAUUGACAACGACUGAACCAAUCAACGUAGUAAAACAAUUUACACCUGAAUACAAAUCAAAAGGAUUUAUGAAAGGAACAUGGGUAUUGAAUGAUAAUCAUAUUCUAACAAUAUCUGCUACCGACCGUGAAUCUCCUAAAUUUACAUUUUGUUUGAGUUUUGAUUUAAAAUCAACUUCUAUAGGAAAAAACAAUAAAUUGUCGUGGAUUGUGUAUACCAGUGUAAAUAAUCAAACAGAUGAAUACACGGAAAUAGGUCUAAGAAAUGAAAAAAACUAUUUAUUCAGCAAGGUAAAAAGCUAUACUGUCAUAUGGUGA